AUGCUGCCCCGGACGGCCCAGGGCAGGGGCACCUUAAGCAGAGUACGAGGGCUCCUGCUGCUGCCCCUCCUAAUGGUGCUGCUGGUGACUUUUUGUGCUGCACAGAGUGAGAAGAGUCAGGAAAACCAGGGAGAGAAUAACACUGGCAGUACGGAGAGCCCGGUACGUCUCUAUCUUAACGCACACCAUUACCAAUACGUCUCUCACGUACACACAUAAUCACACAUUAACAAUUAAACACAUAGUUUUUUUCCAAAAUGGCAGUAUGUGCCUGACAUGAUGAAUGACUGUUAUGAUUGGUAUAAGUUAGUGAGUCAGAUAUAAUUGCUGUGGUAAAUAUUGUGACAUUACUGUUCAGUGUGAGGACCAAGUGGUUACAGUGUGCAUGGUUCAAGGGGAUAUAUUUAAACAUUCAUGGUAAUGGUAAUGGUAACUCAUUGUAAUUGCAGGAGACUGUCUCCUCAGAUGUGGCCAUCGUCAGUCCUCGUAACUCCUGGCUUGUCUUCAGACACAACUCCAACAAAGGAGAGAACAAGAAGACCAAGCCCCCAAAGAGGGCAUCUAAGGUGAGUAGAUAUAGAAAUGGAAACCCAUACAGAUCUACACAGUAGGCUAAUACAAGCCUAGCUAACACGGAUACAAGCUAGCUAACACAGGUACAUUCAGAUUCUGGCUUAUAUAAAUUCUGAACAAAAAUAUGAGUGCAACAUGCAAAGAUUUUACUGAGUUACAGUUCAUAUAAGGAAAUCAGUCAAUUGAAAUACAGUGAGGGAAAAAAGUAUUUGAUCCCCUGCUGAUUUUGUACAUUUGCCAACUGACAAAGACAUGAUCAGUCUAUAAUUUUAAUGGUAGGUUUAUUUGAACAGUGAGAGACAGAAUAACAACAAAAAAUCCUGAAAAACACAUGUAAAAAAUGUUAGAAAUUGAUUUGCAUUUUAAUGAGGGAAAUAAGUAUUUGACCCCUCUGCAAAACAUGACCUAGUACUUGGUGGCAAAACCCUUGUUGGCAAUCACAGAGGUCAGAUGUUUCUUGUAGUUGGCCACCAGGUUUGCACACAUCUCAGGAGGGAUUUUGUCCCACUCCUCUUUGCAGAUCUUCUCCAAGUCAUUAAGGUUUCGAGGCUGACGUUUGGCAACUCGAACCUUCAGCUCCCUCCACAGAUUUUCUAUGGGAUUAAGGUCUGGAGACUGGCCAGGCCACUCCAGGACCUUAAUGUGCUUCUUCUUCAGCCACUCCUUUGUUGCCUUGGCCGUGUGUUUUGGGUCAUUGUCAUGCUGGAAUACCCAUCCACGACCCAUUUUCAAUGCCCUGGCUGAGGGAAGGAGGUUCUCACCCAAGAUUUGACGGUACAUGGCCCCGUCCAUCGUACCCUUUGAUGCGGUGAAGUUGUCCUGUCUCCUUAGCAGAAAAACACCCCCAAAGCAUAAUGUUUCCACCUCCAUGUUUGACAGUGGGGAUGGUGUUCUUGGGGUCAUAGGCAGCAUUCCUCCUCCUCCAAACACGGCGAGUUGAGUUGAUGCCAAAGAGCUCCAUUUUGGUCUCAUCUGACCACAACACUUUCACCCAGUUCUCCUCUGAAUCAUUCAGAUGUUAAUUGGCAAACUUCAGACGGGCCUGUAUAUGUGCUUUCUUGAGCAGGGGGACCUUGCGGGCGCUGCAAGAUUUCAGUCCUUCACGGCGUAGUGUGUUACCAAUUGUUUUCUUGGUGACUAUGGUCCCAGCUGCCUUGAGAUAAUUGACAAGAUCCUCCCGUGUAGUUCUGGGCUGAUUCCUCACUGUUCUCAUGAUCAUUGCAACUCCACGAGGUGAGAUCUUACAUGGAGCCCCAGGCCGAGGGAGAUUGACAGUUCUUUUGUAUUUCUUCCAUUUGCGAAUAAUCGCAUCAACUGUUGUCACCUUCUCACCAAGCUGCUUGGCGAUGCUCUUGUAGCCCAUUCCAGCCUUGUGUAGGUCUACAAUCAUGUCCCUGACAUCCUUGGAGAGCUCUUUGGUCUUGGCCAUGGUGGAGAGUUUGGAAUCUGAUUGAUUGAUUGAUUGAUUGCUUCUGUGGACAGGUGUGUUUUAUACAGGUAACAAGCUGAGAUUAGGAGCACUCCCUUUAAGAGUGUGCUCCUAAUCUCAGCUCGUUACCUGUAUAAAAGAUACCUUGGGAGCCAGAAAUCUUUCUGAUUGAGAGGGGGUCAAAAAUUAUUUUGGACAUGCGUUUUUCUGGAUUUAUUUGUUGUUAUUCUGUCUCUCACUGUUCAAAUAAACCAACCAUUAAAAUUAUAGACUGAUAAUUUCUUUGUCAGUGGGCAAACGUACAAAAUCAGCAGGGGAUCAAAUACUUUUUUCCCUCACUGUAAAUAAAUUAGGCCCUAAACUAUGGAUUUCACAUGACUGGGCAGGGGCGCAGCCAUGGGUGGGCCUUGCCCAGCCAAUCAGAAUGAGUUUUCCCCCACAAAAAGGCUUUAUUACAGACAGAAAUACUCCUCAGUUUCAUCAGCUGUCCGGGUGGCUGGCCUCAGACGAUCUCGCACGUGAAGAAGCCGGACAUGGAGGUCCUGGGCUGGCGUGAUUACACGUGGUCUGUGGUUGUGAGGCCGUUUGAACAUACUGCCAAAUUCUCUAAAAUGACGUUGGAGGUGGCUUAUGGUAGAGAAAUUAACAUAAAAUUAUCUGGCAACAGCUCUGGUUGACAUUCCUGCAGUCAGCAUUCCAAUUGCACGCUCCCUCAAAACUUGAGACAUCUGUUGCAGGUGUUGUGUGACAAAAGUGCACAUUUUAGAGUGGCCUGUGUAAUGAUCAUGCUGUUUAAUCAGCUUCUUGAUAUGCCACACCUGUCAGGUGGAUGGAUUAUCGUAGCAAAGAAGAAAUGCUCACUAACAGGGAUGUAAACAAAUUUGUGCACAAAAUUUGAGAUAAAUAAGGUUUUUGGGCGUAUGGAACAUUUCUGGGAUCUUUUAUUUCAGUUCCUGAAACAUGGGACCAACACUUUACAUAUUGUGUUUAUAUUUUUGUUCAGUAUAUUUACAGUGCCUUCAGAAAGUAUUCAUACCCCUUGACUUAUUCCACAUUUUCACCUAUCUAUCUACACACAAUACCCCAUAAUGACAAAGUGAAAACAUGUUUAUAGAAAUGUUAGCAAAUUUAUUGAAAAUGAAAUACAGAAAUAUCUCAUUUACGUAAAUAUUCACACCCCUGAGUCAAUACAUGUUAGAAUCACCUUUGGCAGCGAUUACAGCUGUCAGUCUUUCUGGGUAAGUCGCUAAGAGCUUUGCACACCUGGAUUGUACAAUAUUUGCACAUGCUUCCGGAUUCCACACAGAGGGGACUAUCCCCCGUGGAGAGCCACACCCUCUGUCCUGGGCGAAAAACUGGGUCUGGGCGAUGCCUGCGGUUGGUCUGAUGUUGAGACCUGACGAGGCCCGCUUAAGCGCUGCCCGUAACUGCCUCCAGGUGCGGCGACAGCGACUGAUGUGGGCCUGGACCGACGGGCCGCCGCCUCCUCCUCUUGCUCUGGGAAUAAGGGGGGUUGGUACCCGUAUUGGCACUGGAAGGGGGACAGGCCGGUGGACGAGCAGAGAAGGCUGUUGUGGGCGUACUCCGCCCAUGCCAGUUGCUGACUCCACGUAGCUGGGUUGCUGGUUGACGCGCUCUGUCUGCCCGUUCGACUGGGGAUGGAAGCCAGAAGACAAGCUGACGGAGGCGCCGAGGCAGGUGGGGAACACCUUCUAGAACCUGGAGGCGAACUGAGAACCCCGAUCUGACGCCACAUCUUGGGGAAGGCCGUGGACCCGGAAAACGUGCUGCACCACCAACUUAGCCGUCUCGCAGGCCGACGGGAGUUUGAGAAGGGGUAUGAAGUGGGCAGCCUUCGAAAACCAUUCCACAACGACCAGGAUGACUGUGUAUCCAUCAGAGGGGGGUAAGGCGGAAAUGAUAUCCAGCUAGAUGUGGGACCAGGGGUGCUUGGGGAUAGGCAGGGGUCGGAGCAGCCCUGCCGCGGGCUGAGGUGAGCUCUUCGUGUGCACGCACACCGGGCAAGCCGCCACGAAAGCGCACGUACCCCCCUCAGCUGAUGGCAACCAGAACCUCCUACGCAGGAACUCCAACGUCCUGGCAGCCCCCGGAUGGCUGGUGAGGUCGGACGCGUGCGCCCACUGAAGCAGUCGCGAGCGCGCAGCCUUGGGUACGUACAUCCUCCCCAAUGGGCCUCCGCCCGGAUCGGGCUCCCGCCGUAGCGCUGCUCUGACCAGCCUAUCGAUUCCAUUGGGGACAAUGGGGUCAUCUCUCUCCACCAGGUCCACGGGUAUGAGAUCGUGAACCGGAAUCUGGUGAAGAACAACGCCCACCUGGCCUGGCGUGAGUUGAGCCUCUUGGCCCCCUGAACGUAGGCUAAAUUCUUAUGGUCAGUCCAUACGACGAAUGGAUGGGCGGCCCCCUCUAGCCAAUGCCCCCUCUAGCCGACGGGAGAAAAACAGGUAGGGGUGAGUCUUACCGUCCGGAGGAACCGCUGGGACAGGAUUGCUCCCACCGCAACGUCUGAAGCAUCCACCUCCACAAUGAACGGUAGGGACGGAUCAGGAUGCCCUAGGACCAGGGCCGAUGUAAAGCGCAACUUAAGCGCAGCAAAUGCGUUCCACGCUUCCGGGGUCCAGGCGAAGGGGCGCACGCUCGUCUGGGUGAGGGCUGUCAGGGGCGUGGCUAGGGAGCUAAAAUUGCGAAUAAAUCGCCUAUAAAAAUUAGUGAACCCUAAAAACCUUUGUAGUUGCUUGAGGGAUGGGCUGGGGCCAAUCCAGUACCGCGCUGACCUUGGCUGGGUCCAUCCGUAGGUCCCCCUGGGUGACAAUGAACCCCAAGAAGGAGACUGUCUCUCUAUGGAACACGCAGUUCUCCGCCUUGACGUACAGCUGGUGACGGAGAAGGAGUUGGAGGACCUGCCGAACGUGCUGCUGGUGUUCACUCAUGUCCUUUGAAAAUAUUAGGAUGUCAUCCAAAUACACGAAGACGCUGUAGUCGAGGAGGUCCUGGAGCAUGUCAUUGACUAACACCUGGAACACUGCAGGUGCAUUGGCACGGGGACAGUGCGCCGGGUGAUGAAGCCCGACCCCAACGGCCGGCCAUCCAGGCCCAUGACCGGAACCGGCUCAGAGAGGGAAAGUAACGGAACGCUCCACCCUUGGGCCAGCCCCGCUGUUUCCUGCGGCCCCCGCGGUACUCAGAGAUGUGUUGUUUUGGAUUUGCCCCAAACAUUAAGCUUUGUAUUCAUGAUAUAAAGUUAAUUUCUUUGCCACAUUUUCUGUAGUUUUACUUUAAUGCCUUAUUACAAACAAGAUGCAUGUUUUGGAAUAUUUUUAUUCUGUACAGGCUUCCUUCUUUUCACUCUGUCAUUUAGGUUAGUGUUGUGGAGUAAUUACAAUGUUGUUGAUCCAUCCUCAGUUUUCUCGUAUCACCGCCAUUAAACUCUGUAACUGUUUUAAAGUCACCAUUGGCCUCACAGUGAAAUCCCUGAGCGGUUUCCCUCCUCUCCAGCAACUGAGUUAGGAAGGACACGUAUCUUUGUAGUGACUGGGGUUUGUAGUGACGCCCUCAUUCUCAUCGACGGGGCUGUAGGGGAACAGGUUGAGAGCUUCAAGUUCCUUGGUGUCCACAUCACCAACGAACUAUCAUGGUCCAAACACACCAAGACAGUCGUGAAGAGGGCACGACAAAGCCUAUUCCCCCUCAGGAGACUGAAAAGAUUUGGCAUGGGUCCUGAGAUCCUCAAAAAAUUAUACAGCUGCACCAUCGAGAGCAUCCUGACUGGUUGCAUCGCCGCCUGGUAUGGCAACUGCUCGGCCUCCGACCGCAAGGCACUACAGAGGGUAGUGCGUACGGCCCAGUACAUCACUGGGGCCAAGCUUCCUGCCAUCCAGGACCUCUAUACCAGGCGGUGUCAGAAGAAGGCCCUCAAUGUUGUCAAAGACUCCAGCCACCCUAGUCAUAGACUGUUCUCUCUGCUACCGCACGGCAAGCGGUACCGGAGUGCCAAGUCUAGGUCCAAAAGACUUCUCAACAGCUUCUACCCCCAAGCAAUAAGACUCCUGAACAGCUAAUCAUGGCUACCCGGACUAUUUGCACUGCCCCACCACCCCCACCCCCCACCCCCCACCCCAUCUUUUUACGCUGCUGCUACUCUGUUAAUUAUUUAUGCAUAGUCACUUUAACUCUAACCACAUGUACAUAUUACUUCAACUACCUCAACUAGCCGGUGCCCCCACAUAUUGACUCUGCACCGGUACCCCCCUGUAUAUAUAGCCUCCCUACUGUUAUUUUAUUUUACUUCUGCUCUUUUUUUCUCAACACUUUUUUGUUGUUGUUGUUUUAUUUUACUUUUUUAUUUAAAAAUAAAUGCACUGUUGGUUAAGGGCUGUAAGUAAGCAUUUCACUGUAAUGUCUGCACCUGUUGUAUUCGGCGCAUGUGGCCAAUAAAAUUUGAUUUGAUAUGAUUGAUACACCAUCCAAAGCGUAAUUUAUAACUUCACCCUGCUCAAAUGGAUAUUCAAUGUCUGUUUUUGUUUUGUUUUUGUUUUUCCAUCUACCAAUAGGUAACCUUCUUUGUGAGGCAUUGGAAAACCUCCCUGGUCUUUGUGGUUGAAUCUAUGUUUGAAAUGUACUGCUCGACUGAGGGACCUUACAGUUAAUUGUAUAUGGGGUACAGAGAUGAGGUAGUCAUUCAAAAACCAUGUUAAACAAUAUUAUUGUACACAGAGAAAGUCCAUGCUACUUAUUAUGUGACUUGUUAAGCAAAAUUUUUUAUUUAGGCUUGCCAUAACAAAGGGGAUGAACACUUAUUGACUUGACAUCUCAGCCUUUUAUUUUUUAUUAAUUUGUAAGAAUUUCUAAAAACAUUUUUCCAAUAUGGGGUAUUGUGUGUAGGCCAGUGACACAUAAUCUCCAUUUUAAUUUCAGGCUGUAACACAACAAAAUGUGGAAAAAGUCAAGGGGUGUGAAUACUUUCUGAAGGCACUGUAGGUUUAAACUAUAUACGUUUAAAUAUGUAUGCUGCUAAGUGGGCACGAUGGUAACAUAAGCGAAAGCAGGUGAAAUGGGUUCAAAGAAGCUAAUGUAAGCAAGCGUUAGGCUAACACAUCAAAAGACAUACCAGGUAAGCAAAUUUAGGGCGCUAUUCAAUCUGUAAAGCUGAAGUGUUUAAAAUAUAAAGGUAAUUUCUGAUUGAGCCGACAUAUGCAGCGUUUACCGUGAAUACAGUCUCCGCUAAAGCGGGAACAUUACCUUAAAAUUUGAAUCAUGCUGUAAAGCUGAACUUCAGCAAUGCGGAUUGAAUAGAGCCCCUAGUGUCUUACGUGACCAGAUAUAUUCAACACAGUUGAAUAAAUACUGAGCAGCAUAUUCACCUAGGCUAUGUGUGGGUUCCCCUGGAUUUACAGUUAGCAGCAGGUGUAUUGCUAACAGGUAAAUAAAUAUACAGUACAUGCGUGUAGCAAUAAAUAGAUGGAUACAGGUUAGUUUAUAUAAUGACAUAGCUAUUGAAAUAGAGGCUGCACUAACUUACCAAAAAUGUAUUUACAUGGUAGUUAAGGUGUGUACAAUGUAAUCACUGUAGGUACAUAUUACUACAUAUGUAUUACAACUGUUACUUGUUUGCAGCAUGCACAAUAUCAAGGAUUUGGACAUAAACUCUCAAUGAAGACAACUGAAUGCUGGUGAGCAAAUGGGUCUAGAGUAGAUACACUGUGUCUUUACUGUUCAUUUCAUCCAUUGCAAGUCAAGGUAGAUCUCCUUACAUUUCACCUUAGUUGAAAUUCAAAUACACAUGCAAUAGGUGUGGUCUGAGCAUUGUGAGUUUAGGGCCCUCACUCAGGAAGAAGUAAGGCAUCUCUGCUCUCUCGUGUUAGAUGGUGGGAGUGAUAGAUUGUUUAAUUGUAACAGGUUUAAAGGGUGCCAAUUUGACCAAGUUUAGUCAAAAUGAUGGGCAAUGAUUUUAAUAAAAAAGAGUGUCUAGGUAUACCGCAUUUAAUCUGGAUUUGAUGAAGCAAGUUUAUAGUCUUAGAAUCCCUUGCUUCCCUUUUAUCCUGAUCCAUCGAGAAUAACUGUAACCAAUCAGUUUUAGGUGUAGACGCCUUUAGAUAUUCCCGUUUGUAUGAACUCUUUGAGGACUGAUCAUCGAGGACUGGUUUCAUUUUUUUUUUGUCUCUGUCUGUAGCAUGGGCUACCAGGGCCCCCCGGACCACCAGGCCCCCAAGGGCCACCCGGCCCCCCCGCCCCGCUGUUACCUCAGCAGGAAGAGCUGAUGCAGGAGUUCCAGCUACGACUGAGA